AUGGGUAACGUAGACAACGUCAACGGAAACGUCAGAGAUAGGGAACCUCCUGUGCCUGAGGCUGCACUAUAUGACUGGGCACAACCCACAGCUGACAAUCUGACCACUGCCAUUGUUGUGCCCGCGAUACAAGCUGAAUCGCAACCCAACAUAACUUCGGAAGCAAUCAGACUGUUAUUAUUUCCAUUCUCGGUGACAGGAGAUGCUCAGGUCUGGCUAAACUCACUCCCCAUAAACUCUAUAGAAACAUGGGAUGAGUUAGUCAAGCAAUUUCACAUCAAGUUCCACUCGCCCAAUAAAACAGCUCAACAAAUUGAUGAGAUCGUGAGCUUUAAACAGAAACCAAUGGAGACACUGCAUGAGACAUGGAGCCGGUUUAAAGGAAUGUUGGUUAUAUGUCCACACCAUGGUAUUCUAAAUCAGAUGUUGGGACAACGGUUUUACAUGGGACUGUCAGAUAACAUGAAGAACAUUGUAGAUGCCUCAGCUGGUGGGGCAUUUUUGAGCAAAACUUGGAGAGAAGGUGGGAGUCUGCUUGACAAAAUGGCUCAUAAUUUGGGGUGGACGACGAGGAAUGCACCUAUCACUCCAGUGGUACACUCAGUGCCUUUUGACCCAUCAAAUUCCAUGGCUGAAAAUGUGGUGACCCUUUUGACACAGAUGAGCAUACUCACCAAAAAGCCAAUUGGUAAUCCGUGGAAUACUGAACAUGAUCAUUAUCAUCUGCACCCUGAGGACAUGAACUAUGUGUCAAACUAUAGAGUCCAGAGACAGGGCAAUCAGAACUGGGGUCAGCAAACUCAGCAGCCAUACAGACCACCUCAACCACAGUACAACGCUGGAAACAUAGGAGGUAUGAGACCUCCCAACAAUAUGACACCUUAUCCAAGACCACAGGGGUACAACAAUCAGCAGCAAGGGUAUCUCCCACCUCAGCAACAGCAUGGUGGAAGGCAAGAAGAUGGGUUCACAAGACUUGAAGCAAUGAUGCAGCAUGUGAUUGGGUCCAAUGCAAAAAUAAAUGAGAGAGUAGAUACACAUGAUGCAACAAUCAAAAAUAUUGAAGUGCAAUUGGGCCAAAUUUCAAUGUCUCUGAACAAUCGUCCUCAGAGGACAUUACCUGCAGACACCCAAAUUAAUCCAAAAGAUCAGGGCCCAAAACAGCUGAUGGCGGUGAGUCUCCGUAAUGGCAGGGAUCUAGAUGUAGAACAAGAGAGAGCUCGAGAAAAUAUACAGGCUGAGACAUUCAUUCCAGUGCCCAUUGAGCUGGAUGAGUCUACGAUACUAACAGAAGUGACAGUCCAACCUGCUCAGGAAGAAAAGAACAUUCAGCAAAAGACCGAGAAAGUAGCUGAGCCAGUUGAAGAGCCAGUAGUUGAAAUAGAAUCUGAUAAAGAGAAGUCCCAAGUGAUUGGGAAGAAAAGACCUCCUGCACCCUUUCCACAGAGGCUAGCCAAGUAUCAAAAGGAGGAGCAGUAUAAAAAGUUCUUUGAAAUGCUCAAACAAAUCCAGGUAAAUAUUCCACUGAUUGAAGCUUUAAAGAAGAUGCCUGGGUACGCAAAAAUGAUAAAGGACUUGAUGUCCCGGAAAUUUAAUUUUCAAGACUUGGCUACGGUUAUACUUACUCAGACCUGUAGUGUAGUGGUGACGAGACCUAUUGCUGAAAAGCUGUCUGACCCAGGUAGCUUUACAAUUCCAUGCACUAUUGGGAAUUUUGCCUUUGCUAAGGCACUCUGUGAUUUAGGGGCUAGCAUUAACCUCAUGCCCCUGGCUAUGUAUAAGAGGUUGGGCAUUGGGAGAGCUAGACCCACCUCUAUGUUGUUGCAGCUGGCCGACAGGACUGUGAAGCGUCCAUUCGAGUCUGAUGAUGAGGUGUUGACAAUUGAGGACCCCCUUGCUGCAUGUUUGAUGAACUUAGAUGAAGUGAAUGGUGAGGAUUUGGCGGAAUGGGUGUUGGCAUUGGAAG